AUGUCUGACAACUCGAAAAAGCUGGUGCUCCAGAGUUCGGAUGGCGAGGACAUCGUAGUUGACCGCGAUGUCGCUGAGAGAUCGAUUCUCAUCAAGAACAUGGUCGGUGAUCUUGGCGAAGAUGCCAUGGAAGAGGCCAUUCCCAUCCCCAACGUCAACGCAGCUGUCCUCAAAAAGGUGAUCGAAUGGUGCACACAUCACAAGCACGAUCCUCCUGCAACGAACGAAGACGACUCCGAUUCGCGCAAGAAGACGACUGAUAUUGAUGAAUGGGAUCAAAAGUUCAUGCAAGUCGAUCAAGAAAUGCUUUUUGAGAUCAUCCUGGCGGCCAACUACCUUGAUAUCAAGGCUCUGCUUGAUGUCGGGUGUAAGACUGUCGCCAACAUGAUCAAGGGCAAGUCCCCAGAAGAGAUCCGCAAGACCUUCAAUAUCCAAAACGACUUCACGCCAGAAGAAGAGGACCAGAUCCGUCGCGAAAACGAGUGGGCUGAAGAGUGA